AUGUCUCGAGAUGUCUCAAUACAACAACAACAACGCAACACGUCUUUCAAAGAAACGAUUUGCGAAGACAUGAAGGAAUCGGAGGGAGUGACAUCUAAACCUCAUGUUGGUGUCAAUCGUAUAAAAAAAACCUGUGUCUUGCCUUUCACCAUUCCAGAAAUAAUUACAUCCAUUGGAUGGAUUUUAGCGAUUACAUUUUGUAUUUGGUAUGUGGUGAAUGCAUCGGGAGAGUUUCAAGAUUCCCAGAAUAAUCCCACGACGUCUCUUUCGAUUGUGGAAAAAGCUCCUUUGGAAUUGCCAGCUGUCACCAUUUGUAAUUGGAAUGCGAACUACGUUUGUGAUUUUUGUAAUUUAACCUUAAAAGCUGCCACCCAUGUAGUGGAAGGAAAUGUUGUUGAAUUUGAAAUACCAUAUGAAUAUAAGGAGAUCGAUCAAAAUGGAUUGUACAGAUGCUAUGUGUUUAAUAACUUUUCGGAUCGAGCGAUGGCUUCGAAUGCCACAGGUUAUGGAGGAGUGAUUUCAUUGUUUUUUGAUGUUCCUUCUGUUCCAGAAGAACGUGACGCGAGAUUUGGUUUGCAAGCUUCCUUUCAUGAAAUUGGAACUGUUCCAAAUGUGUUUGCAGAAACAAACUUUGCUGUCGCUAAUGUGGAUAAUUACUUUGUUUUGACGAAAAUUGUCACCACUCGUCUGAAACCGACCAUUGAGAAUCCAAAUUUAAUUGAGACCAGAUGGGAAUCCACUCUAUCAUUGGUGGAAUUAACACAACGAGACAAAAACACAGUUGUCAUUUCAUUUACAUACAACACGUUGACAGAACAACACGUUGAAGAAAUGUACACCACAUCCCUCGAAGGAUUAUUAGGAGAAAUUGCUGGUAUUUUAGGAAUCAUGAUGGGAAUUGAUAUUUUGAAAAUGUUGCGAGGAUGUCUUCAAGUCCCAUAUUCCUUCAAACACAAAUCCGCACGAGGUGUUUGGGAAGUUUUCAAUUAA